AUGGAACAUUUAUUGGUUGAAUUAAAUGAUUUACCAGAUGAAAUUUUGUUGAUAAUUUUUAAAAAAUUAGAUAACAUUUCAUUAUUAUACUCAUUAAUAGGUGUUAAUAAACGACUUAAUACCAUUGUACGUGAUCCAAUAUUUACACGUCAUUUAAAACUAAUGAGAUAUUUCUCGAAUGAUUCUAUUGAACCAUUACCUGAUGCAAUCCUUAGUCGUUUAUGUUCAAAAAUUUUACUUGAAAUUCGUAAUCAAGUUCAAUGGCUUGAUCUUGAAGCAUCAUCUAUUGAACGUAUAUUACUGGCUACAAAUUAUCCGAAUUUAUAUGGACGUGGUUUAUUUAAUCUUGACACAGAAACAGCUUUAUCUCUAUUCGAUGGUGAGAUAUUUCCAUUCUUUCAUUAA